CUCUUCCCUUCGUUGCCCAACACUAAACCCCUCCCCUGCGCGCGGUGACCUGAACCCGAUUCACCGGCGAAGUACCUCAACGCCCUUACACGUGGAAUGGUGAGAGAAGGGUCGGACGAGCGUCAGGUCCGACUGGGGAAGUACGAGAUAGGCCGUACUCUCGGAGAAGGCAACUUCGGCAAGGUCAAAUACGCUCGCCACGUGGACACCGGCCACCCGUUCGCCGUCAAGAUCCUCGAUCGCCGCCGCAUACUUUCCCUCAAGAUUGACGACCAGAUCAAGCGUGAGAUCGGGACUCUCAAACUCCUCCGGCAUCCCAACGUCGUCCGAUUGCACGAGGUAUUGGCAAGCAAAACUAAGAUUUAUAUGGUGCUUGAAUAUGUGAAUGAAGGAGAAUUAUUUGACAAAAUUGCUUUGAAAGGUAGGCUCAGAGAGAAGGAAGCAAGGAAGCUUUUUCAGCAGCUAAUUGAUGCUGUUAGCUAUUGCCAUCACAAAGGAGUUUUUCACAGAGACUUAAAGCCAGAAAACGUUCUUGUUGAUGCAAAAGGAAACAUAAAGAUAUCUGAUUUUGGUCUCAGUGCUUUGCCUCAGCAUCUUGGAAAUGAUGGAUUACUGCAUACAACUUGUGGUAGUCCUAAUUACAUUGCUCCUGAGGUUCUUGCAAACAGAGGCUAUGAUGGUGCAAUCUCAGAUAUCUGGUCUUGUGGUGUCAUCUUAUUUGUAAUGCUUGCCGGACAUCUUCCGUUCGAGGACCGAAAUCUCGCUGUUCUAUAUCAGAAAAUAUACAGAGGAGAGACUCACAUACCAAAAUGGUUAUCACCUGGUGCUCAGAACAUGAUAAAAAAAAUUCUUAAUCCAAAUCCGGCUUUGCGUAUAAAUGUAGCAGGGAUUAAAGCAGAUAAGUGGUUUAAGGAAGAUUAUAUCCCUGCUGUUCCUAUUGAUGAUGAAGAUUUGAGCCUUGAGGAUGCUGCUGUCUCAAUCAAAGAGGCCAAUGAGAAAGUUGAAAAUGGGAAUAUGCCAACACAUAUCAAUGCAUUUCAACUGAUUGGGAUGUCUUCAUUUCUUGAUCUUUCUGGUUUCUUUGAAAAAGAGGAUGUGUCUGAAAGAAAAAUCAGAUUCACAUCCAAUAUUUCACCCAAAGAUUUAUAUGAGAAGAUUGAGGAUAUUGUAAGCAGAAUGGGAUUUCAAGUCCAGAAGGGACAUGGGAAGCUAAAAGUUAUGCAACAGUGCAAAGCUUCAACAACUUUGAAUCCCAAAAGCCAGGGUUUUCUUUCAGUCUGUGCUGAGGUGUUUGAAUUGAGCCCAUCUUUGUAUGUGGUAGAGCUUAGAAAAUCAUAUGGGGAUGCUUCAUUGUAUAGACAGUUGUGCACAGAGUUAAAUGAAGGUUUAGGCAUAUGUCAAAGCCAGCAACUUCUCAAGUCACAGUCCUUGAUGACAGAACUUAAUGGAUUUGAAGGGGAAAGACCUGUUGCUGCUGUUUGAUUUACUUAAAUUUCUUGAACAUAGAAGUUAUCAAGUUGUGACGUAGAAGAAGAGUUUUUAAUUUGUUAUUCACUUUUGUCACAAAUAAAUAUAUUUAAAAAAAAGAGUAUUUUGUGGAA